UAUGAAACCCUCAGCAGACAUCAAUUCCUUUGCCCUUCUUCUUCACCGCCAGGCAGGCGCCAACAUCCAAACCCAGGCCUUUCAACUGUCGAAAUUCAAGCUUUCUUAAACUCUCUCCACUUCGAUCAGAUAGAAGCAAUGGAUCCUUUCGUUCCAUAUGUCAGUUUCGCUUUGCAUGGAGAUGCUCAAGUAGAUUCUAGUGAACUGGAGGAAUAUCACUCUCAGGUUGAUGAAAUUGUGAUCAAGGUUGAUGAUAUUGCUCAAAAGCUCAAAGAGGUAGAACAGUUCUACUCCGCAACAAAUAAAAAGGAACAAAACACUUCCAAAAUUAACUCUAUUCUCAAGGAUAAAGACAAGGAUAAACUCAUUGCGAACUUAAAGAAACGACAGCAGGAUGCACCUCAUAAGGAAGAAGCAGCAACAAAGAGAAUGAUGGCUCUUAUGCGCCAAUUCAACACAAUAAUCUCCCAGGUCACCUCCCAACACAAGUGGGCAAUACCAUUUAUGAAACCUGUAGAUGUUGUGGGUCUUGGCUUGCAUGAUUACUACAAGGUUAUAGAGAAGCCUAUGGACUUCAGUACAAUAAAGAAAAGAAUGGACUGUAAAGAUGGUUCAGGUUACAAGCACGUGAGGGAGAUAUGGGCUGAUGUGAGGUUGGUAUUUAAGAAUGCCAUGAAAUACAAUGAUGAAAAACACGAUGUGCAUGAGAUGGCAAGGUAUUUGUUAUCGAAAUUUGAAGACAGGUGGCUGGACCUAUUUCCGAAGGUUGCUGAAGAGGAUGCACGACUGAAAGAAGAGGAAGCUCAGAAGCUGUUAGAUAUGCGACUGACUCAGGAAGUUGCUCAUGCCAAAAUGACUCGCGAUUUGAGCAAUGAGCUUGACGAGCUUGAUAUGCAUCUGGAAGAACUCAAAGGCCUAGUCCUUCAGAACUACAGGAAGAUGACGACUGAAGAAAAAAGGAGACUGGCUACAACUCUGACCAGAUUACCUGCGGAGGAUCUGAAUGAAGCACUGCUGAUUGUAGCAGAGGAUAACCCUUGUUUUCAACCAACCGCGACUGAAGUGGAUCUCGACAUUGAUUCUCAGGGAGAAUUGACGUUAUGGAAGCUGAAGUUUUUCUUGAAAGAUAAGCUGCAGGAGCAGGCGAUGGCGGCGGCUGCUGCUGCUGGUAGGAAAGAUAAUUCCAACCAUAAUAAUAAUGACAAUAGCACAAAUACCAACAACAACAACUACAACAACAAUAUCAAUAGUAAGCCAUUAGCAGCUAAGAACAACCAUAAUAAUAUGAACAAAAGGAAAAGGGAGAUUUGUGAUGCAAUUGCCCAGAAUUUGCAGAAAAGGGCUAAGGAGACUACUUCUCUGCAAGUCCAUAAUCCUAGAAAGUAGUUAAUAAACAAGCUUAGUAUUUUCACCAAGGAGUAGUGGACUUGUCUUGUUGUUUUUUUAGUUAAGACUAUGUGUUGGCAUUACUUUGUUCUUGUCAAAUUACUGUAAUUUCGGUUAUCAAAAAUGCCAAAUGGUUGUAGUGUUUGCUGUG